CACAGCUACAUUGCGAGCUUUGAGAACUUUUCCCUCUACCAUUACUUCUACGACAUCUAUACUACGGCAACAACGUCCAGUAUACUCCAUUGAAGCUACCAGAAAGAUGUCGGACAUUAAGAAGGUUCACACCGCGAACGCGUGUCCUCCUGCUGGACCCUACACACAAGCCAUUGUUGCAGGCCCCAAUGUCUUCGUCUCCGGUCAAAUCCCCGCCGAUACCAAGGGCAACUUGAUCGAGGGCAGCAUCGCGGACAAGACCAAGAUGUGCUGCGAGAACAUCAAGGGUAUUCUCACCGAGGCGGGUGUUGCUAUGGACAGGAUUGUCAAGGUCAACGUCUUCCUCGACGACAUGGCAAACUUUGCCGAGAUGAACGGCAUGUACGAGCAGUACUUCUCCCACAAGCCUGCGCGCAGCUGUGUUGCCGUCAAGCAGCUGCCCAAGGGUGUGCCGGUCGAGAUUGAGUGCAUUGCGUAUACUGGCUAGACGAAUAUCGCCCACAUGACACAGGAAGGAACGUUAUUGCAUGACUUGAGGGU